AUGUCAGCUACCCUUACGACUAGUCCUAUGAACAUCGCUCGUGGGAAGAAAGUCAACCGAAAGAAACCGGCCGACGCACCACAAACCCUACCCGACGCGCCCAGUGAAGAGCAAGCGGUUUCGGACACCACUACAGCCCUACGGUCAGGGACCCCAGAAGACCCGUCUGUUUCGGGAGCGCCGGCUAUCAAGAUCAAGCGGGUUGAAAGAAGCGUAGUGAUAAGAGUGAGGCAGAAUCGCCAGUUGGGAGAAGUUUUUGGCAGCUUAGAAAAAGAUACCAAGCCGGGCACAGAAAAAACUGAAGAGACUACAAUUAGUGAUGAAGAGAAGGAUGGCGACGAUGAUACACGAUCGGACGGUGACGAAGAGGAAGGAAAGAGGACGCUUUUAAAAAUUUACCAGAAGAAAAUGGAAGGAAUCCUUACAUAG